UGUGACAUUACGCAGAAAAAGAUGGCCGCCAUGGGCGAAAUAAACAGAGUCGGAAGCUAGUGGACUAUAUUUGCUGUUAGUAGUCAUGGAGCUGGGCCUGCGUGUAGUGCGAGGUCCGGACUGGAAGUGGGGGAAUCAAGACACCGGGGAGGGUCACGUGGGGACCGUGGUAGAGAUUGGGCGACCAGGUAGCCAGACAUCUCCAGACAAGACGGUCGUUGUACAGUGGGACUCCGGAGCGCGGACAAACUACCGCGUUGGCUAUCAAGGAGCCUAUGACCUGCGCAUCUUUGAUAAUGCCCCUGUUGGUGUGCGACAUCAGAACAUCAUCUGCGACUCGUGCAAGACGCAGGGUGUGCAGGGCAUGAGGUGGAAGUGCACCAAGUGCCACGACUUUGACCUCUGCACCUUGUGCUACAUGCAAGAUGAACACGACCCCAACCACUCAUUCAUGAGAUUCGACACCGCCUCCACGGUCAAAGGGGGAUGUUGUGGCGGCUCAGGGCGGCGUGACUCCCAGCGUCUUCAAGGUCGGCGACAAAGUUCGGUGUAACCUCGACAUGGAAGUCCUCAAGCAGAUGCAGGAAGGCCACGGAGGCUGGAACCCCAGAAUGGCCGAUUACAUCAACAAGAUGGGCGUGGUGCACAGGAUCACGGACCGGGGCGACGUGCGUGUACAGUACGACGGAUGUGCCAACCGAUGGACCUUUCACUCUGAGGCCCUGACCAAGGUCCAAGUGUUCCAGCCGGAUGAUUUUGUGCGGAUCUCGGACAACUUGCAACAGGUCAAGGACUGGCAGGCUGGACAUGGGGAGUGGACCGAGGUUAUGAAAAAUACGUUGGGAAAGAUCGGCGUUGUGAAGACUGUGUACUCUGACGGAGACAUGCGUGUGCUGGUUUGUAACCAAGAGUGGACCUUCAACCCACUGUGCUGUUCUCUUGUGCCACACCGCAUCGACGACAUGAACAACACUCUUGGCUCAGGCUACGAGCGGGAUCCCAUGCCGGCAUUCACCUCUAUACUGGAGAAACUGGAAGAACUACAGUUGUCGCACGGUCACGAGACCGGCCCCGACAGACUGGUCCGUGAGGCGGCCCAAGGUCAUGUAGAGGUCGUUCGCGAUAUUUUGGUCAAGUACCCCGAUAAG